GGAACAUAUAAAAGGUGUGCAGGACAAACAGAUUCUGUCAAUGGGUCCUUGUACCUGGGUCAGGAGGAACAGAAACAGACACGGACCAGAGAACUGAGACACAAUGUCUUUCCGGGUGGCUGCGCUUCUUCUGCUGACGGUACAACUCUGGAGUCAUGUAUCAGCAAACACAGACAAGGCGGUGGACUGCUGCUUGUCAACAACCAAUCGCAAAAUCCCCCCGGAUGUUGUACAGUCCUACUUCAUCCAGAGCGUCAGUGGAGGCUGUCGCAUCCCUGCUACAGUGUUUGUCACAAGGAAGAAUAUCAGGCUGUGCGCUCCCCCGGCUUCGAGAAACAACUGGGUGGCCCGGCUAAUCAGGAAGCUGAAACCCCAAACCAAUCAAAAAGGACCAACCAAAACCAGAAGAAACAAAAAAGGGAAGAGAAAAGGGGAACGGCGUGCUUGAUGAGAUCUGUUAACGAUCAUCUGAGGCUGGGCUGAUCCUCUGACAGGUUCUGGCUCUGGGGCAAAGGCAUGGCUGUUGGUCUGUCGUGUAUAUAUGUGAAUGAGAUCAAACUGUGCAUUUCUUCGAUCAAAGAAAACUAUCCAAAAUCUGUUUUUCAUUUCAACUUUUCAUUUUUUAACUCAGUUUUUUGUUUCACCAUUUACUAUUUGAUAAAGUUUCUCAUGGUUUUUAUAAGCUAUUUUUUAUAUUUUAUGUAAAUAAAGAAAAUGUAUUUUA